CCUUCAUUUCCGGGAGCGGCGCCGCGUCCCCUGCUUGGCGGAGGCGGCGGCGGCCGGAGCGCGGCGAGCGGGGCCUCCUGGGGCCGGUGGCGGAGGGAGCGAGACCGGGCGGGUCUCCGGGAGGUCGGCUCCAUGUUGAACAUGUGGAAAGUGCGGGAGCUGGUGGACAAGGCCACCAAUGUGGUUAUGAAUUAUUCAGAAAUAGAGUCUAAGGUUCGAGAAGCAACCAAUGAUGAUCCGUGGGGACCUUCAGGGCAACUCAUGGGAGAGAUUGCCAAGGCUACGUUUAUGUACGAGCAGUUUCCAGAGCUCAUGAACAUGCUGUGGACUCGGAUGCUGAAAGACAACAAAAAGAACUGGAGGAGAGUUUAUAAGUCUUUGCUGCUCCUAGCUUACCUCAUAAGGAAUGGAUCAGAGCGUGUUGUUACAAGUGCCAGAGAACACAUUUAUGAUUUGCGAUCCCUGGAAAAUUACCACUUUGUAGAUGAGAAUGGCAAGGACCAGGGGAUAAACAUCCGCCAGAAGGUGAAGGAAAUGGUUGAGUUUGCUCAAGACGACGAUCGGCUGCGGGAGGAGAGGAAGAAAGCAAAGAAGAACAAAGACAAAUACAUUGGGGUGUCCUCGGACAGUGUCGGAGGGUUCAGAUACAGUGAAAGAUAUGAUCCUGAGCCCAGGUCCAAAUGGGAUGAAGAAUGGGAUAAAAAGUCAACUUUUCCUUUCAGUGACAAGUUAGGGGAGCUCAGUGACAAGAUCGGCAGCACCAUCGAUGACACCAUCAGCAAGUUCCGAAGGAAAGAUAGAGAGGACUCUCCAGAAAGGUGCAGUGACAGUGAUGAGGAAAAGUCUAGAAGAGGCAAAUCUCCCAAAGCUGAAUUUAAAGAUGAAGAGGAGACUGUGACAACAAAACACAUUCAUAUUGCACAAGCUACAGAAAUUACCACCAUCAGACAGAAACGCUCAGCAAACCCUUCCAAAACCAUUGACUUGGGAGCAGCAGCUCAUUACACAGGAGACAAAGCAAGUCCAGAGCAGAACUCUGCUGCUCAUCCUGCACAGCCCACGACAAAGGCUGCUGUCCCCUCUGGCAGCAAGUCCUCUAAUGACCUGGUGGACCUGUUGUUUGAUGGAGCCAGCCAGCCAGCUUCCACAGGUGGAUCAAGUGACCUAUUUGGAGGAUUUGCUGAUUUUAGUUCACCUGCUGCUUCAGCGAGUUUCCCAUCAUCACAAGGUACAGCAACAAGUGGAAAUGGAGACUUUGGUGACUGGAGUGCCUUCAACCAAGCUUCUCCUUGUGCCAGUGCUUCAUCUGGAGAGCUCUUCAGCAGCACAGCACAGCAGCCAGCUCUAGAGCUCUUCAGUGGCUCACAGCCAGCUCCGGGCCAGCCUUCAGCUGCUUCCAAUUCUAUGGAUCUGUUUGAUUUGAUGGGACCCUCUCAGACAACCAUGACCUCCUCACAAAGCAUGAAUUUCUCCAUGAUGAGUUCCAAUUCCAUGGGUGUCAGUUUACCCAUGUCCAGGUCACAGCCUCUGCAAAGCGUGAACCCAAUGAUGCCGAAGCCUAACUCACUUUAUAAUGCAAGGACAGAGAUGGUCCAGAAAAAUGCAAGCAAAACUCUACCCUCAACUUGGUCAGAUCCCAGUGUAAAUAUCAGUUUGGACAAUUUAGUACCUGGGAUGCAGCCUUCCAAACCCCAACAGCCAUCGCUUAAUACCAUGAUGCAGCAACAGAAUAUGCAACAACCGAUGAAUGUGAUAACGCAGAACUUUGCAGCUGUGAACCUCAGCCCCCAGCCCAGCAUGAUGCCUGUGAGGGCGCAGAGCGGUGCCCUGCUGGGAGGGCCCGUGGGGCUGGCAGUGCCCGGGGUGAUGUCAGGCACCAUGGGCAUGGCCUCCAUGGCCCCUGCACCCUUGAUGAACCAGGGAAUGAUGGGCAUGAACAUGGGAGUGCCGGCCACAGGAAUGGGCACAAUAGGAAUGGGGGUACCCAACAUGGCUAUGACCUCUCUGACUCCUGGGACUGUACAACCCAAGCAAGAUGCCUUUGCAAAUUUUGCCAAUUUUAGCAAAUAAAGAUUGUAAAAUAAAUAAAUAAAAUGAGAUUAAAAUAAAAUAAA